GUUGACCGGCCCAGUCUUCAAGACUUUGCAGGCAAAACGAAAGUUAGAGAAUCAGAAGGGACGAGCGAUGGAGUUGCAGCAGGUGACAACAAAGGCGGACGGACAUAAGGAAGAUGAUGGUGCUAAAGAGCCAAUGCUAGGGGUCAAAAAAACUGAAGAGGAAACACAACCAGACCAUUACUCUAAACUACGUAAUCCAUCUGAGGACGUCUACACAGAGGCAAAUUUAGGUGGUUCUUCAGUCAAAGGAAAAGCAGAGAAAGAACAACCAGACUCUGAACAACAAAGUCCGGCCGAGGACGUCUACGCAGAAGCUCAUUUUGGUGAGUCUUCAGGCAAACAGACUGUGGGAAAUGUCAGUCUGUACCGUGUUGGGUGCUUAGUCCUCACAGUGCUCUGCCUUGUCCUGCUGCUGGCCGUCAUUGUACUCAGUAUGAAAGUCCAAACUGUGUGCUCAGAGGGAGGGGAGGCAGACAUGCAGCUAUCAACCUGCAGCUAUGAACAAUGCCAGGAUCGCUACGGUACUGGCCAAGGCCAUGUUGGAGGCUGCAGCCGGUGUCCUCCUUCCUGGCUGACUCUUGAGAAGUCAUGUUAUUUCCUGUCACGACACAGACUGAGCUGGGAGGAGAGCAAGAGCUAUUGUGCUGAAAGAGGCGGAACUUUGGCUGUCAUCAACAGCCAGAAACUUCAGAUUUUUCUGUCUGAGCAUGGGAACCUGAUGUACUGGAUCGGGCUGAUACACAAAGGAAACAAAUGGAGCUGGGUCAACAACGACUCAGUGCAAAAGAGCUACUGGGAGAAUAAUGUGUCACCAGCGGGUUGUGGCGUCCUGAACAGUCGCGGCCCACGUGAGAAGAACUGGCUGAGUCACAACUGCGACAAUUACACCUACUUCAUCUGUCAGCUGCAGAUCUGAUAGCGUCGUCUUUUCUAACAGAAACAUGAGCAAACCAAUUCUCUGUCCACGGCGGCUCAAUAGCACGUCCAAUCAUUUAUCUUUCCACUUCACACUUUAAUCGAUAGUUUUCAACAAAUAUAUAUUGUGAAGCUUUUUUAGAGUAUAGAUUUUUGAAUGUAAAAAAACUGUUGGGCCAUUUAUACAAAUAUUUGUAUUGUUUGCAUUUCUGUGUAGCAUCAUCUGUCCUCUGAUCAAGGUUUGUCAUCCUUACUGUUUGAUUCUUUAUUCUGCUGUAUGAAAAAAAAUAGAGGCCAGUAACCUUUUUUAACAACAUUUUAUUUCAUAUAAAAUUGUCAUAAUUUCCCAUGUACACUGAAUGACUACAUUGACACUGAAUGACUUUCUUUUAGCUUAGUAUAUACAGUAUUGCUGCUACAUACACGUGUGUGUAUAUUGCUAUAAAAAUAACAUAAAAUAACUCUUUUCUAUAGCAUAAUACUGCAGGAAUAAUUGCACUAUAAAGAGAAACUUCUUGCAAGUUAAUUCACUGAAAUUCACCACCACUUCAAAGCCGAAGUCUGUAAUUUGUUUCAGAAUCACGUUUUUUAAAUGUUUGUUAUUUGUUAAAAUCCUCCUGACGUACAGGUAGCCACCAACGUAAAAGGAAAAAGCAAUGCUGCACCAUCUCCUGUUUGUCCUCUUGAUAUACUGAUAUUCAUAGUGCAGGUAUAAAUCUUAAUAAAAAGGCUGAAAAAACACA